ACCAAUGACAGCCCUGGAGUUGCCGCCGGCCACAGUAACCGGGCUAGCAGGAUUUACCCUGUUAGGAGGAGCCUCUCGCGAGACUUCUGCGCGGCUCUUGUGCUCAGUGACGACACUGCGGCUCAUCAGCAGAGCAGAAAAGCUGACCGGUUGUUGGCAGCAGGAAAAUAUGAAGAAGCAAUUUCUUGUCACCAAAAGGCAGCUGCAUACCUUACCGAAGCCAUGAAGCUGACGCAGUCAGAGCAGGCUCAGCUAUCACUGGAAUUACAAAGGGAUAGUCAUAUGAAACAGAUACUGCUCAUCCAGGAGAGGUGGAAAAGAGCAAAGAGGGAAGAAAGGCUAAAAGUCCAACAGAAUGUAGACAAGGAUAUAGCUGCCCAUCUUCAGACUUCCUAUAAGCCAUCAGCUCAAGAGACUGAUGACCAAAAUGUAUUGGUUACUACUACUCAGAAAUACAGCCCUUCCUCAAAGAAGCAUCUACAGGAAAUUCAGGGAGUCUUUGACAGGGACCCAGAUACACUGUUGUUUCUGCUUCAGAAAAAAAAGGAGCCAUUGGAAACGUGUAUUGGGAGCAAAGCUCCAAAAGAUGACAAAACAAUAAUAGAGGAGCAGGCAACCAAAAUUGCAGAUUUGAAACGGCAUGUGGAAUUUCUUGUAGCUGAAAAUGAGCAAUUGAGGAGAGAGAACAAGCAGCUGAAAGCAGAACGGGCAAAACUCAUCAAAUCCCCAGUGGAGAAAGAGCUGGAUGUUGAUGCCGACUUUGUGGAGAAAUCUGAGUUAUGGGGUCUUCAGCAGCAUUCAGAAACUACUGCUACAUCAGCAUCAACUUGGCAGAAGUUUGCAGCCAAUGCUGGGAAGGCUAAAGACAUUCCAAUACCUAAUCUCCCUCCUUUGGACAUUCCGUCGCCCGAGCUUCCUCUUUUGGAGCUCUCAGAGGAUAUAUUAAAAGGACUCAUGGACAGUUAAACAAAGGACAUGAGAAGUGGUCAGUGCAGUUAAGGGAAGAACCCUGGGACAGUGGUGAUCCAAGGGUAGCAAUAGCCCUACGGUGGGAGAAAAGGCACGGCAGCAACUUUUCCACUGUGCAAUACAGGUCCUAGCUAAUCUGUUUCACAGAGCUGAAGGGUACUGUAACUGGCUUAAAAAGGAGGGGAAAAAGCAAGUUCUUCAGUCCUCCUGACAUUUCAAACCAAAUGAGUGGCAUUGGAGAACACUUCAAACAGCACAAUCCUUCAGGGUUUUUAAGUACAUUAUAUGUAAUAGCUAUAUCUAGAAUGCCAUGAACAGAACUGGUUGCCAGAUGGCUGCCACUUCAUAUUGAAAAUGUCUCUCUCUCUCAUGUGUAUGCAUUUUCAUAUACACACUUAUGGACAAGUUUGCCAAUUUAGUGCUGGUGCAACUCAGACACCUCCAGAUGGAUCUACAUGCCACAUGCUCUGUGCUCCUGAUAACUGUUAACCUCAGAUCAGUCAGGAGAGAAUUAAUUUUCGACUUUAUGAAGGAACCAAGUUUUUAGUUCUGUGAGGAUUUUUUUUUUAUUUCUCUGUUUACAUGACUAAUCAGGGUGCAUCGAAUCUACUUUUGAUUUCGGUUUAAAAAAAAAAAAUUGUCUAAGAAAAUAUAUACUCAAGGAAAUCUGGUUUUCUGAGCUGCAUGAAUGGAAGUAAUACUUAGCUGACAGUAAUUGAUUGAAAAAAAUGGUUUGUUUACAUCUACAUUAGCUAGGAGGAGGAUGAGACUAAGAUGUUCUAUGCUACACUCUUAAGCUGAACACUGCAAUAACGAUAACAGUCUUUUCAACUGUUGCAGAGUCAUUAAAGAAACAAAGAUUCAUGCUGUCGCUGACAUAUACAUAGAGAGAGAGUGACUGAAUGUCUGUAGCCUCUCCUCUGUCAGUGAGUAAAGCAGUGUUAGCAUAAGGUGAGGAAUUCUUGGUGGUAUAUGAAAUGACUCAACUCAGUCUGGUUCUUAUGAUGCAGAUCAGGUGCCUAGCAAAGGAGCAGAGACUGCAGGAUGUACUUCACCCCAAGAGUUUGUCUUGAACUGAGAAGACCGUCUCCCCACAGGAGCUUUAGGAAUGUGCAGGAUUUAAGUUUUGAGUGGUGCUACUACUAUAAUGUUUUCAACUGAACACUGUUCAUACUACAACAGAGGUCAGCAGUCGGUGGGGGCUUUGCCUACACCACGCUAUAGCCUAGAGGGAGGGAGUUUUGUCUGUGCUGGGCCAAGUCAUUCCAGCCAGUUAUGGCAAAAAGGCUGCUGACAGCUGUAUUACAUAAACUGUUCCAAGCCAACAUGUCUUGGUUUAGUGACUAGCUAAACAUAUGUUUUUUUCUUUUAAAUACCUCUUCUUUCCAGAACUGCAGGCUCCUACAUCUUGAGUAGCAGCCUUUUGCUGAAAAAAGGUGAAGGCCACAGUGCUUCUACUUUUAUCUCAUCUGUGCAAAGUUUCUUACCCUGUUGCUUGCUGCUGAAGAAGGAGCGCUAAGGAAGAACCAUAGAAAAACAGCCAGGACUUGCCCAAGGAAACCCACUCUUGAUUCAGUUGUGCUGUAGUCAUAAGCAAACAAGACACAUUUUCCACUUCCUGAACAUGCUUCUUUAGCGACAGAAAAAGGAGAUUUUAGAGCCUUUUGAACAAAACAGUAAUUAUGUCAGCUUGUAAAAUGAAUGAAAAAAACCCCCAAAAAAACACGGUAUGCUCCAUGGGUAGCUGCUUAAGUAAUUUGAUUGAACUGCCUGAGAUUUGAGUAAUGUAGUGCACGAGGGCAAGUAGUAAUAGCUGUCUGUGCUCCUGUACCACCCAGAGCUGUUGCAUGGCAUUCUCUUGAAGCUCUGCAACAGUAGGUCACUGACUCAGGAGCAAGACUGCUGAGGAGCUUGUAUGCUGCAGGCAUUAUAACCUUGCUCUCCCUGUCAACCUGAAAACCCUGUAUCUAGAAGACAACAUUUCCUUGAGCAUGAGUAAUAUGUUGCAUAUUCACCACAGUUUGAGGACCACUGAAGAACCAGGAGAAAGGAAGAAGGCAGUAGCAAGCCUCCAGCUUUAUUCAUUCAGUUCAUAAUAAAGAUGAAUAUUCAAACAAGUAUUUCCCUGGCCCUUGGAGGAAACUUCCCACCUCCAAGAAAGUCCUUCAGCACGUGUCAAGCUCCGUGGUAUGCCCACAGUAAGUAGUGCAAAACACAUAUUUCUACUUUUCGUCUACAGCAAUUAACCAGAACACCUGGAAGCUUCAUUGGCUUAAUAUGAUGGUCCGAGUCUGUUUACACCUUGAUGAACUCUGCACUGAAGGCAGCGUGGCACAAAGUAAGGAUGCAGAGCUGGUUCCAUGUUGGCCCCACUCCUCCUGCAUAUUGGGGAAGUAGGUUACUUAUAUGAGCCCCUUCUCACUUCUGUAAUAGCAACAUUAACACACAGUACUUGGAAAUCCUGGAGGAAAAGCAAAGUGCUGAAUAUGAACAUUUCCAGGCUAAUUUAUUACUUCUACUCUAGAGAACUCCUGCUGUUUUCCAGUUAAAAUCUGUAUUCAGCUUGAAAUAAGCAUGUGGCCUAUUAAAAAAGCUGCUGCACACUGA